UCAUUUUCAAAAACAUUUCGUUCUUCAUAAUUCGACACAUUUAUUUAAUCUCUCCUACUACACAAGUUUGUUGUUGCUUUCAGAUGAAACAAUUGUGAAUCAAAACACAACCACGAAGAAAAACAACAAUAAUCCCAACAAUACUCAACAUUGACGCGCGAAAAAAGCAGCAACAUGAGUGUCACAACUGCUUCGGCUCCUAAAGAAAUUCAAGAAUUUCAAUUCAAAACAUCAAGUAAACAUCAAUUAUCAGAAAAACUUUUGGUUCCUGUGAAUUGUAGUCUCGUUGCUGCAGAUGGAAAACGAGGUUUACUUUACAUUGGUCAUGAAAAAAUAAUAACGGUUUUAAAAAUUGGCAAUGAAGGAAAUAUCGAAUUGAGAAUAGAUCUUAAUUUACCGGAUAAUAUUACAAGAUUAUCACUUAAUUGUGAUUUUUCACUUUUGGCAGUAACACUUUUUGGACCUUCUGUUUUAAUAUAUUCAGCUGCACUUUUAUCGAAAAAUGUUUUGGAUUUACUACAUGAAAUACGACUUUCAAGUUCAAGCGGUGAUGUAUCCGUUUUUGAUCUUCGAUGGAAUCCCGCAAUUCCAGGGAUGCUGUGCACAGUUACGAGUGAUCAUACAAUAGGAAGUUUUCAAGUGAGUGGUGAUAAAAAAUUAGGUUUUGUAAUAACUGGAUCAGGACGAAUUGACAAUGUCGAAGCACUUUGUGCAGCAUGGAGUCCAAAAGGAAAACAAAUAGUUGUUGGCUGUCGUAAUGGAAAUAUUAUUCAAUUAAAACCAGAAUUAAAAAUUGCAAGAACAAUUCCAGGACCAAAUCCAAAUAUGGGAAGUGUAAUAGCAAUUUUAUGGGUCAGUAAUUUUCAAUUUUGCGCAGCAUAUCAAGAACCAGUUGAAGGACGUAUCAAUGUUUUAAUUGUCGAUGCACUUAAAGGUGAAACUGUGGGAAAAUUUACAAAUUACGAAGAUAUUACUUAUGGAGGAAUUCCCACAAAUCAAUAUUAUUUCGAUUAUAUUCCUGAAUGGGGAGUUAUUAUUGCAGCAAGUAGUUCGAGUAGUGAAAUUGCCGUUUUAGGAACUUUUGACAAUGGAUUAACAUGGGAACAAUGGCAACUUAUUGAUAAUAGUAGAGCUGAACUUCCAUUAGUGCGAACGGAUGAAUCAUUUCCCGUUGGAUUAGCUAUCGAUAAAACUCCAACAACUCCACUUGCUCUAAAUCCAGAAAAUAUUCUACCAAAUCCUGUACCAAUACUUCAUAUUCUCGCCACGUCCGGUCAACUUUGCAGCUUUCAUAUUGUUAAUCUCAAGGCCGAUUGUCCUGCAAUUUGUGUUCCUCCUUCGGAAAUUGUUGUUGCACCAGUGGCACCAGUUAAUUUGCCAGUACCUCGACCAUCGUCUUCUGAAAUUUCAUUUAAUUUGGCAACAGGAGCAACAAGUACGCCACGUGCUAAAAUGGAUUCACCAAAAGAAAAGCCGAAGAAUCUUAUAGCAGCAAACUUUUUUGCCGAUAAUUCAAAAUCAACAAUUGGUUUCGCUCCUAAAUUUGAACAAGAAAAAUCACCGGCACUAAAUAUACCACCACCUGCAACAAAUUUAAUUCCCGUCAAUCUACCACCUGUGAAUUUACCAACAUCUGUAAAUUUACCACCAGCACCAUUAGCAAAAUUAGAAACAAAAAUGAAUACCUUUAUUCAACCACCCGAACCAAAACCCAUCGAUUUUGCACCCGCUGUUGAUCUCAAUAUUCCAAAACCAAGAAUUGAGAAAAUUGUCGAGAAACAAACAAGACCGGAAAUUAAAAUACAAAAAGAAAUCCCAUCAAAGGAUUCAAUACAAGAGAAAUCAAAUAUCGAUGAAAAUCUCUGUUUAAGAGCUUAUCGAGAGGAGCAAGUGAAUUUUGAAAAAGAAUUAAAAGCAAAACUCGAACCAUUAAUUUGGGAAGUUGGCACUAAGUCAGAGAAAGAGCAAAUUAUUGAAAAAACUGCAUUAAUCGAUGAAUUUCUUCGCGAUUUACAAGAAACAACAACAAGUCUCGCCAGUGAUAUUACAUAUUUACGAGGAUUUCUCAUACAAUCAUUUGCCUGGUUGGAAGAAACAAAUUCAAAAAAUUCCGAUAAUGUUAAAUUAAGUUCAAGAAAUCGUAGAGAAAAUUCAAAACUCAAUGAAUUACAAGAACUUUUUUAUUAUACACAAUCACAAUUAGUUCAGGCAUCAAAAGUUCUUGACUUACAAUGGUCCGAACAACAAUCGAGAGAACAGAAAAAAAUGAAAAUACCAAAUAUGGAAUGUAUUUAUCAAAGUUUAAUGCGACAUGGACAAAUUUUAGCAAAAGAAAAAAGUAACAUUGAUAGUCUCAUUAAAAAAUGGAAAUCAAUUGCACGUGGCAAUAAUACAGUAUCAGAUCUAAAUCGUUCAAUAUCAAAUCUUCAUAUUACAUCAAAUACCUCUAAUUAUUCUCAUGAUUCGACAAUUGAUCUACGAUGUAAAACAAUAAUUCAAAUGAAUCAAAAUUUCAGUCGUGAGAAACAAAUGAAAUUACGUGAUUUUCUCUCAGAAUCAGCACCGCGUAUUAUAAAACCAGCGAAACCAACUUUAAUUCAAGAUCGCUUAGAAUCAACACUCAGUUCACUAGCCUCAAUGAGUCCUCCAAAAACAAUUUCUAAACCAAAAAUCGAGCAAAAAUUAAAUCAAAAACCAAAAGUACAAAGCAGUCCUCUUGCAUCUUUAAAUAACAUUGUCUCGAAAAUUGUCGAAAAACAAGAAUCUGAUACGAAACUUUCAAUUUCACCAGUAAAAACUUUACCUGCGCUAGUUCCAGCAUUAGCUUCACAAAAACCAAAACAAACAAUAAAUAUUUCUUUCGCCCAAAGUCCACAGAAUUUAGCUAAACCAUUUCCAAAAGUCGAGGCUAUUAGUUUUGGUCAAAAAUCAGAGAUUGAUAAAGUGACAAAAGACAUAAAAAGUGGAAUUGAAAAAGAAGUGGUAAAAAAUUUGGAAAUUUCACCAACACCGGCAAUUAAUUUCACUGCAAGUAAUCCGGGAAAUAUUCUCCUAACUCCACAAAUUCAAUCAACGUUUAAUUUACAAUCCACUGCACCACCUCCUCCUCCAUCAUCAUCAUCAUCAACAGUUGCACAAAAUUUUUCAUUUGCUUCCAAACCACCAACAAAUUCACCAGCAUUCUCAUUUGCUUCGAAACCGGAAGAAAAAGCAAAUCUCGAUCUUGGUGGUCUAAAUCUUUCCCAAUCUGGAUUGACAAUUACACCAAUUUCAGAAACAAAAAUUACUAAUCAAUCUACUCCUGCAAUGUCAAGCAUUAAUUUUGGAAAGGCUGGAAAUAUUUUCGGUGCUUCCGGAACAAAUUUUCCUGCUUCUCCUUCUACUAAUUUUGGAACAAGUGCACCACCAACAACUCCUACGGCAAACAAUUUUGGAACUUCGAAUGUUUUUGGAACAACUUCGAGUACAACUUCUGUGACAACUGCAACUACCGUUGCAAAUACAUUUGGAUCACCGAGUAUUUUUGGAACAUCCGGCGCAAAUGCAUUUGGAACGACAAAUACUUUUGCAACAUCGCCAUUUGGAAAAAGUGGAAGUAUUUUUGGUGGUAGUAAUUCUAGUGUAUCGACACCACCAGCUUUGAGUUCAAUUAGUAUAACUUCUUCUUCUUCUCCUGCAACUCCUUUGAACAAUUCAGUUACAUCAACAAAUUCAACACCUGUAAUUAGUUCAAUUUCGGCUGUAAAUUUAACAUCAAGUCCAAAUAGUUCAUCAGCUUCUGGAGUUUCUUCAGUUAUUGUUUCCAAACCAGUUUCCGUCUCGAGUCCAAUUUUAGCUUCAAGUUUAACAUCCUCCUCAAAUUCUGUGGCUAUUUCUACUCCACCUCCAAACUACACAUCUCCAAAUGUUUCAUCAACAAUGGCCACAUCCGGUAUGGAUAUGCUGUCACUUUCUUUAAAUUCUUCAAAACCAACAACUUCAAUUAGUUUUCAAACUCCUCCUACAACGUCAAUUUUUUCGACACCUACUUUUGGUGGUGCUGCUCCUGCUUCAAGUGUAGCGUCAACAUUAAAUUUUGGCACUGCCAGCGCUAUUACAUCGUCGAAUAUAAUUGCUCCUGCCUUUGGUAAGGAACAAAAUUCAUCAAUUUUCGGUGGUUCGACAACAACAACAUCUCAAAGUGGAAGUGUAUUUGGUGGUAAAAGUUCAAAUACACCUAAUGCAAAUCCAUUUGGUGGUGGUAAUACACUCGCUCAAAGUCCAUCCGUUUUUGGUAAUGCAAAUUCAUCGGGUAAUUCAAUAUUUGGUGGUGCUUCAACGACUGCCACGGCAUUUGGAAUGAAAUCAACGCCAACAUCAACGGCAUCUGUUUUUGGAAUGUCAACGCAGCCUUCAGUUUUUGGCAGUGGAACAUCGGAUAAUAGUACAUCAUUAUUUGGAGGAGCAAGCGCUCCAAAAGCCCAGGAAACGAAUUUUUCUAUGUUUGGUGGAUCAUCGUCACCAGCAGUAGCAGCAGGAGGAGGCGGAGCUGGUUCAUCAGUAUUUGGACAAGCUCCCGCUUUUGGUGCAAAACCAGCAUUUGGCGCGAGUCCCGAUUUUGGACAAGCAAAAUCAGUUUUUGGAAGUGGAUUUGGAGCCGCUCCAUCGUUUGGUGGCAGUCCUGCAUCUACUGGUUUUGGAAGUCCACCAAUAAUGGGUGGAAGUCCACCACCUUUAGGUGGAACUCAAAUGCAAAAAGUAUUUGGUGGAGCGACUGGUAGUAAUACAUUUGAAUCACUUGCAAAUCAAAGUGGAGGUUUGUCAUUCAGCAGUUUGGCUCAAGGUUCACCUUUACAGCAACAACAACAACAACAAAUGCAACAACAACAACAACAGCAGCAGCAACAACAACAACAACAAAAGCCACCAGAUUUUGCAGCAAAAAGCUCAUUUUCAAGUUGGCGCUGAAUCAACAUCCAAAAAAAAUUAGUAUUCAUUAAUUUAAUAUUAAGAAAAUCUGAUUCAGUCUAUUAAAAAAAGGCUGAUAAAAAUUGAAUAUCGUUUUCGCUACAUUUUCAAGAUCUAAAAAUAAAAGAGUCUAUUUUAUGAAAAAUUUUCCCUUAA